AUGUCGAGGCAAGUGAACUUUCACACUCGCUCAUAUCUGCUGCCUCUGUUUCUAGCAGAUUUGGCUUCUAAGCUCUUCAACCCCAAUGCGGACUUCCGCCCUCAGAUUGUACCCACGGCCAAAAGAGUGCGUGGCAUUUUGAACGGCAAGUACAUCUUCGACACGACCAAUGCCAAAUUGGUAUGGGAGCACCAGUAUUUCCCAUACUACUGGAUCCCCAAGGCGGAUUUCUUGGAGACGGCAAAAUUUGAACAAGACGAGCCCGUCUCUGGCGUAGACUCGUCAACCUCAAAGCUGUCGGUCGGUGACAAGUCCGUCCCUGCGCUGGUUGUUCCAGACUCGUUCAACUCGGAGCUCGCAAGCCACGUCAAGGUCGACUUCAAGGCCAUCGAUGCGUGGUACGAGGAGCAAUCACAGGUCCUCUACCAUCCCAAAGACCCUUAUCAUCGAGUGGACAUUCUCCCGUCUGGACGCAAAGUACGUGUUGAGAUUGACGGGGUCGCUCUUGCGGACACUGGCUCCGAAGGGGGCGUUAUGUCACUGUGGGAGACCAGGUUCCCUGGCAGAUGGUAUCUUCCUCGAACGGCGGUCAAUUGGGAGUACCUCACGCCCAGCGAGACUCACACGGGCUGUCCGUACAAAGGAGAGGCGAGCUACUACAAUGCCACCGUGAACGGGAAGGAAUACAAGGACGUGGCGUGGUGGUAUCCGAACCCCAUGCUGGAGAGUGUACAGAUCAGUGGCCUGCUGUGCUUCUAUCCUGACAAAGUCAAUACCUGGGUGGAUGGGAAGCCACUGUAA